AUGGAUCAUUCGUCACCAGUCGUUUCGAUAAACGACACAAAUACAAGUUCCAAAGGCAUAGUGCAAAUCACAAUACAAUCAACUCGCGACGACUUUACUAAGACUCUGACAUGUUUAGUUAUACCAUCCAUCGCGGACUCGAUUCCCUCUGAAUCCUUUCCAAGAAAUGCAAUAGAAAUACCGUCAAAUAUCAACCUGGCGGAUCCGGAAUUUCACAUUUCACGAUCCAUUGAUUUACUAAUCGGUUCAGGGGCCACUUUAUCAUUAUUAGACGUUGUAGACCGAUUCGCUGGCGAACAACGCAUCAUCUGGCAUUUUAUACCACCAAGAGCUCCACAUUUUGGUGGAAUAUGGGAAGCUAUGGUGAAGCUCUUCAAGCAUCAUCUUAAACGAGUAGUAGGAGAUUCAUUAUUUACUUUCGAGGAAUUGAACACCUUCAUCAUUGAAGUCGAGGGCAUUCUAAAUUCCAGACCCAUCACUUCCCUUUCGUCCGAUCCGAGUGACAUGCUCGUUCUAAUCCCGGCUCACUACAUGAUUGGCAAACCUUUAAUCGCUCCGCCGGAGUCCGAUGUGACCUCUGUUCCAGUUAAUCGCAUAUCUACCUGGCAACACAUUACAAGGGUCCGUCAACAUUUUUGGACACGCUGGAGUUUGGAAUAUCUCAAUGAGCUCCAAAUCCGCAAUAAGUGGAUCAAGGACGGACCAAAUCUCGAAAUCGGGACUAUAGUCCUUAUAAAGGACAAAGGCUUGGCGUGCAACCAAUGGAUUUUUGGCAGAAUUGUCGCAGUACAUCCCGGCGAAGACGGAAUCACUAGAGCUGCCACCAUCAAAACUGCAACCGGGGAAGUGAAAAGAGCCACAAGGUCUCUUUGUCCUGUACCCAUAGAACGAUGA